GCAGUCGGAAAAGUAGUGGAGAUAGUACGGUUGAUGAGCAUGCUUCGUGUCGUUGACUCGUAGCUAUGUUUAGCCGGCGAUAGCUUUGUGAUUUUGGGGAAGACCAAGCGGCAUUGACCUAGCUCAUCGAGUAUAAAGAUCAGGAGAUUCCCCUUCAUCAAGUCAGUUCACUCAUCACAACAUCAACAGCAAUCGUCACAACAUCAUCUACUCAACUCUCAACUCUCAACUCUCAACAUCCUCCUCCUCGACUUUCAACGUCACAACCAAACCCACCAACAACCGCCAAAAUGCAGUCCAUCCUUGCCAUCACCAUCUCCCUCCUCUCCGUCCUCUCUCCCGUCCUCGCCGCUCCUUCCUCGGCUGAGCACCCUGCUCUCGUGGCUCGCACUCCCGGCAAUGUCUACGUCUGCACCGGUUCCAACUGGACCAACACCUGCCAGGUCCUGAGCCUCGGCAUCAGCGGAACCUGCACCAAGCUUCCCUCCACCUAUGAUGGCCACAUUGGCUCUGCUGGCCCCGACCAGGGCGCCAUCUGCCGCCUCUUUGCCGAUGGAUCCUGCACCGGCUCCGGCCUCGCCAUCCUUACCUACCCCGGCGAGAGCAACUUGUACUCUUACAAUGGCGGCCAGGAUGCUGGUCAUGCGGCUCAUUACAUCCAGUGCCGCCAGUGCACUAACUGCGUCUAAAGGAGGCUGCUGGGUUGAUGAAGUGAAUGCGAUCAUGAGGACAUGAGUGGAAAUAGAUGAGAGGGCGCCCUUGAGGAACAUACAAGUGGACUACUGUCACUACUAUGGUUGUUAAAGCUUAAUUAGCGAGUACAUACAUACCUCUAUGUUUUUGGAUCCAAACAUUU